AUGCUGCUGCGGCUCCUGGUGCUGCUGGGCGCCUGCCCGGGGCUGUCGCGGUGCCUGGGCUCCUUCGUGCAGUGCGAGCCCUGCGAUGCCAAGGCGCUGUCGCUCUGCCCGCCGCCGCCGCUGGGCUGCGAGCUGGUGAAGGAGCCGGGCUGCGGCUGCUGCCUCACCUGCGCCCUGCCCGCCGGGCAGCCCUGCGGCGUCUACACCGAGCGCUGCGCCCGCGGGCUGCGCUGCCUCCCGCGCCAGGGCGAGGAGAAGCCGCUGCACGCCCUCCUCCACGGCACCGCCGUCUGCCUCAGCGAGAAGAGCUACCGCGAGCAAGCCAAGGCUGAACGAGAGUCCCGAGAGCAUGAGGAGCCGACCACAUCAGAGAUGACAGAGGAGACUUACCCGCCCAAGGCCUACCGGCCCAAGCACGGGCGCCUCUCUGAGCUCAAGGCUGAAGCCCUGAAGAAGGACCGCCGGAAGAAGCUGACGCUGGCCAAGUUUGUGGGCAUGGCCGAGAACACGGCGCACCCACGUGUCGUCAUCCCUGAGCUCCGGCAAGAGUUUGAGCUGGGCCCCUGCCGCAGGCACAUGGAGGCAUCUCUGCAGGAGCUAAAGAGCAGCCAGCGGAUGGUCCCCCGCGCUGUCCACCUCCCCAACUGCGACCGCAAGGGCUUCUACAAGAGGAAGCAGUGCAAGCCCUCCCGAGGCCGGAAGCGUGGGUUGUGUUGGUGUGUGGACAAAUACGGCAUGAAGCUGCCGGGGACUGACUACCUGAGCGGAGACCUUCAGUGCCACGCCUUUGACAGCAGCAAUGUGGAGUGAAGUCGCAUCCCCUCCCUCCACCCCGUCACUACCUACCCAGGCUCCCUUCCACCCUCCCCUCCGCACCUCCCCACUCCCCAGGACUCCGAUUCCUUUCAUCUCAUGUAAGAAGAAAAAAAAGAAAGGAAAAGAAAAAAGAGAAAGAAAGGAAAAUGAAAAAAAGAGAAAGGGACAGAAA